AUGUCAAGUUCUCAGGAGCCCAGUAUGGGCACAAAUCUCACUGGCGUCACCGCCUCCGGUCGGGACCCGGUGUGGUCCUCCACAGUGAACAGCGUGGUGAAGAUGGUGCUCAUCUCUCUGAUUGUGUGCGUGUCCUUGUUUGGGAACGUGGUUGUCCUGCUGGUGUUCCAGAGGAAGCCUCAGCUCCUUCACGUAGCCAACCGCUUCGUCCUCAACCUCCUCCUGGCCGACCUUCUCCAGACCGUGCUGGUUAUGCCCUUUGCCAUCGCGGCCACCGUGCCGGGUGUGUGGCCCCUGGAUGCCCGACUGUGCCAGGCCCUGGUGGUGCUCAUGCACCUCUUCGCCUUCGCUGGGGUCAACACCAUUAUAGUUGUGUCUGUGGAUCGUUACCUGGCCAUCAUCCACCCUCUGUCUUACCCCACCCGCAUGACCCCUCACCUGGGCACCAACCUGAUCAUCUGUACGUGGGUGCUCAGCUUCCUGCAGAGCACACCUCCCCUGUAUGGCUGGGGGGCCAUUGACUUUGACCGUCGCCACAAUGUCUGCUCAGUGGUGUGGUCCUCCAGCCUGUCCUACUCCGCUGUGGUGUCCACCUUUUCCUUCUGGCUGCCUGUGCUCAUCAUGCUCGGAUGCUACUGGAUGGUGUUCAGAGCAGCACGGAGGCAGAACGCUCUGGUGCACCCAAUACAGACGCAAUCUUACUCCCAGCCCUGCCCACAGGACUUCCAGGCACCCGGGAGUCCGCAGCGGCAGCCCCAACCCCAGCAGGCCAGCUCACCUGAAGGCCCCUACUCAGCCAGACGGUACCCCGUCCGAGUCAGACACAGACGUUUCCACUACCAGUGCAAGGCAGCUCGGGUAGUUUUUGUGAUCAUGGCUUCAUAUAUCUUCAGCAUGGGCCCUUACAGCAUCCUCAACACGAUAUCUAUGAGCACCAGAGCAGCUGUACCCCUAUGGUUAUCCUCCCUUGCCCUGGUGCUCUUCUUUCUACAGUGCUGCCUCCACCCCUACAUUUACGGCUACAUGCACCGUAGCGUGAGGAAGGAGUUCCUGGCUUUACUCUGCGGGCUCUUCUGCAAGCAGGGCCGCCCCAACCAGAGCUCCGCAGUGGAGAGCUGUUUCACCACGACCGAGGGCCGCUCCGGUGCUCCCCAUCACCUGCCCAGCCUGGCUGCUCGAGUCUUCCCUCUGCGGACCUGGGAAGAGUGCACGACGUCCUCUUCUCCCACUUUCGAGAGGAAGUCGAGGGACAGCCGCAAAGAAACCACCUCCACCAGCGUCAGCUCCGAGAGGGAGCUCACGGUCCACAGCAAGCAAAGCUCAUAA